AUGCCGUGCACUCUGACGUCCGUGACACCUGACCGCUACUUCAGCGAAGACAGCUUCUCCUGCGCAGUAGGAGGGGAAGAUGAUAUUUACGCGUACGCCUUGUCAAAGACACUGACAAAAGUUUCCUCACCUGCGACUGUGGGACUUUACUCUUCAUGUCCAAAUCGAAGCGGAAUGAUCCUCAAACGAAUGGAAGAGUGCAUGAACCAAGAGGCUUCCAGGAUCGAGCAGGAAUGUGAGCAGAGGCCUCGCACGUCUAGCUCCUUCACCGGCUUUUUCGCAGUCAUGGGACGGCUGCUCUUCUCCAGGCCGGUGUGGACCGAGCAGAACCAGCAGUACCGUAACGUCCGCUUCAUUUAUGUGCAGUUCAGCGCCUGGCAUUUUGCAGGGAGCGACCUGCUCUGGGCCGGGAUAGCCGUCCGGCUGUUUCAGGCCAUGCAGAUUAACUUUGGGAAAUUGCAGCUCGCUCUUUACCGCGAGGCUCAAUAUGAAGAAGAGGACGAAGUGAAGAAGAAGAUCGUGAACAACGGUCCCAACUCCUGGCGCUCCAAGAAGCUGUGCUGCUGCCCGCUGUGGCUUCUGUUCCUCUGCAUCCUUGUGAUACCGGUCAUCGUGGUGACGGUUGUGCUGAUCUGCGGCCCUCCGAAGGCCGUGGUGCCGCCGACGCAGGAGAUGAACGCCACAAGCGACCACUUGAGUUUAGUGGAGGGCUUCCUCAUUGCCUCCAUUGGACUUCCGGCUGUGAGCGCACUGAGGUUUGUUUUCCUCAUUUGUAAAGACCUCAUCUUCAGCCAAGAGCUGAACCUGAAGAGGGGGAUGGACAACCAGCGGAUCAGCGGCCAACUGGGCUUCAUGAACGAAGUCAGGAAGGAGAUGUGGCUUCUGUCUCGCUUCAUACAGUUCAUGGAAGUGUUUGAGAAGCGACGAAUUCGAGUUGUGCUGCAAAUUACAAACCUGGAUCGCUGCUCCCCGAGGAAAAUCACCGGAGUCCUGGAAGCCAUCAACAUUCUGCUCUCCGAUGAAGAGAGCCCAUUUAUUUCCAUCCUGGCAGUGAACCCGCAUGUUCUUGUAGAGAAAGUGAACUUUGCAGACGGCUGCUUCAGCAGAGAGGACAGAGCUUAUGCACUGUUGAACCGCAUCGUGACCCUGGCCUUCACAGUCCCGCCGCUGUGCGACGAGUCAAAGUGCAGUUUGUUUCACAGCCUCACCAACAACACAAGGAACCCCGAGGAGUGUCCGAAGAGGGAGGUCAGGCACAGAAAACGCACAUCCUCCUCACAUUUACCUCUGGUAGAGCUUGCGCUGCACAGAAGUGAGUCAGAUCCACCCAACGAUGAAGUAACCGCGGCGCUGGACGGAACUCAGGGGGAAGCAGACAGUUUGAUCUGGAGCGUCCUGCGAAGCAAUGAAAAGAUGCUCCAUCGCUACAUGCUGGGAGAUUCCAUGUCCAUGCGGAGGGUGAUCAACUCCGUACGAGUAACUGUCAUAAUCAUGAAGGCCUUGAAGAUGGAGCUCCCUCCACCGGAGCACAUCGCAGCCUGGGUGGUCUUAGCCAAUCAGUGGCCCUGCCGUCUGAGCUGGAUCAUCCAGUGCGUCGAAGAUGCUCAGCAGAGGGAAGAGAUCGACGGUGAAAACGCUGCCAGUGAUAAUCGUUCAAAAACCUUGUGGAAAGUCUUCAGUGAGUCCAAGGCAGAGCUGCAUGUGAUGAGCGCUCAGAUUGAAGACCUUCUGGAGCAGGACGGAGAUCCCGAGAUAUUUGAAAGAUUCCUCAGAGUGGAUUUCCAGUUCACCGUCGGAGAUCUGCAGGCGUCCGAAGUGACGGCGGUGAACUUGGACCAUUCCAUCAAGAAGGAGCUGGCCCAGAUCCGAGGGAUAUCCAAGCUGGGGGACUCUGCUUGGAUGAGGAGACUGGCCCCUCUGCCAAUCUCGACCGUCAUCAACAUGAAAACAGAGGACGUAUGCAACGAGUUGGAGAAGAUGGACUACCCCAGUAAAUACAUGGAUAUUGUGAAAAGCAAUGACCUGAAUGGUUUGGCACUGGUCUUCGGUGAUACGCAGGACCUCAAAGCCCUCUUAGACAUGAACUUUGGCCAAUGGGCAACUUUCAGACUGCACUUCUUGAGCUCGCCGUCGCAUCUCCGACAACCGCACAGGAACAUGACGCCAGCACCUCCUCAUCCGAAGAGCCAGCUGUCAAGCUUCGUCCUCCACGCUCCCCAUCGUUCUUCAUCUAAUCUGAGCCUUGUUAACAGCUGA